AAAUCUCUGAAGAGCCCAGAUCAUGACGUCAUCUACAAAAGGUAAAAAAAAAAAAAAAAAGUUGUGACGUAGUGGCUAAGAUGGCGGCUCCCCUCUCCACGAUGAAAUUUUGGAAGCCGGGGUCUGAGGCACCGGGGGUCUCAGAGGAGCGGGAGCUCAACACAGAAACCACCGGAUCCCCCAUCAUCUUCAACCCGCACACCGCCCUCUCUAUAGAGAAACAACGACAGAAACUCCCCGUUUUUAAGCACAGAAACAACAUCUUAUACCUGGUGGAGAGCUACCAGACCGUCAUCAUAGUUGGUGAGACGGGAUGUGGGAAGACAACACAGAUACCUCAGUACCUGCUGGAGGCCGGCUGGGCGGCGGAUGGGAAGGUGAUUGGAGUGACGCAGCCUCGGCGUGUGGCUGCUACCUCUGUAGCUAACCGCGUAGCGGAGGAGCGGGGGGCCCUCCUGGGACACGAAGUGGGUUACACAAUCCGAUUCGAUGACUGCUCUGAUCCCCACGCCACAAGGAUCAAGUUCCUCACAGAUGGAAUGCUGGUGCGGGAGAUGAUGGCUGAUCCUCUAUUGAAAAAAUAUAGCGUGUUGAUGCUUGAUGAAGCACAUGAGAGAACCCUGUAUACAGACAUAGCCAUUGGUCUACUAAAGAAGAUUCAGAAAAAGCGGCGAGACCUGCGGCUGAUUGUGGCCUCUGCUACUCUUGAUGCCAAGAAAUUCCAUGACUUCUUCAACCUGAACGAGUCUGGGGAUCCCAACAAGGACACGUGUGGAAUUCUGACAGUGGAGGGACGGACCUAUCCGGUGGACGUCUUCUACACUGUCAGUCCUGUCCCAGACUAUGUGAAGGCCACAGUGGAGACAGUGCUAAAGAUCCAUGAGACGGAGGAUGAUGGAGAUGUCCUGGCUUUUCUUACUGGGCAGGAAGAGGUGGAGAAAGUGGUGUCCCUUCUGCAGGACCAGGCCAGGACUCUGUCACGCUAUGGCAUGAAGAAACACCUGAGAAUUUUGCCCAUGUACUCUGGUCUACCUUACGCUGAGCAGCUGAAGGUCUUUGAGAGGACGCCCUCUUCUGUACGAAAGAUUGUGGUGGCCACUAACAUAGCCGAGACUUCCAUCACCAUAAAUGGAAUUGUGUUUGUCAUCGACUGUGCAUUUGUGAAGCUGCGGGCCUAUAAUCCUCGCACUGCCAUUGAAUCACUGGUGGUUACUCCCAUCUCCAAGGCUGCAGCCAGCCAGAGGGCUGGGAGAGCCGGACGAAACCGACCUGGGAAAUGCUUUAGGCUAUACACAGAGGAGGACUUUGAGAAACUGCCUGCCUCCACUGUGCCAGAGAUGCAGCGCACCAAUUUGGCCCCCGUCAUCCUGCAGCUCAAAGCAUUAGGCAUUGACAAUGUGCUGCGGUUCAGCUUCCUUUCUCCUCCUCCAGCUCAGACCAUGGUUCAGGCUCUCGAGCUGCUCUACGCUUUGGGAGGUCUGGACCAUUACGGCCGUUUGACUGAUCCCAUGGGAGUGCGGAUGGCAGAGUUUCCUCUCAGCCCCAUGUUUGCCAAGAUGCUCCUAGAGUCAGGAAACUUUGGCUGCUCCAAAGAGAUUGUCACCAUUGCAGCAAUGAUGCAGAUUCAGAAUAUAUUUGUCAUGCCAACCAAUCAGAAGAAAGCUGCUGCCAGAGAGCAUAGGAAAUUUGCAGUGGCUGAGGGAGACCACCUCACCAUGCUUAACGUAUAUGAAGCGUUCAUUAAGCACCAGAAGAGCUCCCAGUGGUGUCAGGAACACUUCCUCAAUUAUAAAGGUCUGCUGCGGGCUGUGACUGUACGCGAGCAGCUCCGGCGUCUCAUGAACAAGUUCAAGGUGCCACGGACUUCCAGCGAAGGUGACCCUGAUGUGAUCUUGAAGUGUAUAGUAGCAGGGUUUUUUGCCAAUGCAGCCCGCAUUCACCAUUCUGGCUCCUACAGGACUUUACGAGACGAUCGUGAGCUUCACAUCCAUCCCAACUCGGUGCUUUUUGGAGAGAAACCUCCAAAAUGGGUUGUUUUCAAUGAAGUGGUGCAGACGUCAAAAUACUACAUGCGUGAUGUGACUGCUGUCGAGUCAUCCUGGUUGGUUGAGUUGGCCCCUCACUUUUACAAGCAGGCCAAGCAUGGCUCACUGGCCAGCAAGAGGUCCAGGGUCCUCUAAAUCUUGCCACCAUUUCACCACUUACAGUCAGGAAGACUAGUUGAACAAAAAGGAGAAAACCCAUCUCAAAUUGCCACUGUGCCCCUCUCCAUUCUGUUGUAUAUAAAGAUGUAAUAUAUUUAUUGUCCAUGUCCACAUGCACAAGCCCUUCACACUAUGUGGCUAUGCUAGAAUGGGACUGAGUGGAUCCAUUUUUAGUGUUGAUGUUGUGUUUUGGCAGGGAUGUAGUUUAUAUUUGAUCUGUGUGAGUAAAUGAUGAUGAAUGUAAGAUGAGAUCAGGCUGUGCCUGACUAGUGUCCAUUCAAGUGCAGUCACGUAGUUCCUUUCAUUCAUACUUGUACAUAGGUAGAGCAGGCUCAGGUCCAGGGGACGUCUUCUGUACCACAGGCCCGUCCACUCCUGGUUCUCCGCUUUGUUAUUUUUUUAAUUGCUGUACUUUCCUGUUGCAUGAUAAAUAACGGAAGACAAUGGAAUGUGAGGAGAGAUUUAUGGGUUCAUUUUUUUUCUUCUGAUUGAUUUUUUUUCCCCCUCAACACGGGUGCCUUUUUUGUUUCGAAUUGAUUCACUUUAUCUCCAGUUUAUUUUUGAUUUCUUAAACCUUCUGUACCUUCAUACAGAAUAUAGAGGUUUAUGUAUUUUCAGGAAUUUUACUGCAGGUGGGAAUACAUUUCUUUCUCUUUCUCAACCAGCCUCAGAUCCUACAUCCUGUAAUGAUACUGUGAAAAGACUGCUUUACUUUUUGCUCCUUGUUUUCCACCCUGUAUUGCCACUUAACUACAGUCUCGCUCAGACAUAGUGGCCUUGUUACCACUCUGUGCCGGUUUUCUUUAUCGAGCCUAUUUCACAUUUCACUUUCAGAUGGAAUGUGUAAAUGCACCCAAGCAUUGUAAAAGCUGUGAAAUCAAAACUAAAAAGUGCCAUUGGUUCCUGUGAUGAUACAGUGCAUUCAGAGCCUCAAAGAAACAGUAGCAUUUAUCCGAUUUCAGCCAUCUCUUUGGCCAUCGUAGUUGCCUUUCCUCUUACGGUUUCUCUCCGUUUUGAGCAUCGUCGACCAGGUGUUCGGUAAAAUGGCCAGUUAUUUGUGAUUUCUACGAUCCAUUCCUUCUUCUCUACACAUGUCCUACAUUUCUGCUUUUGUUUUUUCUGGGACUUUGUGGUUUAGUUUUUCUUCAGAGGUCUAUGGCUCUGAUAGCGUCAGUGAGCAGUAUAUUAAAGAUCUAUCAUUUCACUAGUAAGGUCACUGUAACUACAUUUUACUUCUUCCUGCAUGGUUUUCCCUAGAUCUUGUUCCUGAGGUUAUUACUGUAGAUUCUGUGAAGCUAUAAUCAAACCACAGAACAACACACCAUGCCGUAGUUAUGUAAACCAACUUGAAUUAGAUGGUUAUACAAAUGAGACACCUUUGCAUGUUAAAUGGUACUCUGAUGUAGACCUAUACGUAAGUACACUCAAGAUCAUCUCGUAGACUUAAUGCCAGUGAAAACAUUUGUGAGAUGACAUGUUUAUCCUCAUUUGUGCUGACACUUUGAGUAUGUAUGACCACCUGUGUAAUUGCUCACCUCAGAUAAAAACUGUCACCUGUCAUUACUUCCUCACAACCUCAAAUAAAGCCUUAUUGUCAUGCACCAA